AUGUCAAAUCAGACUAGAAUUACUAUUAUUGGGUCUGGUAAUUGGGGUUCGGCCAUUGCUCGUGUAUGUGGUCAAAAUGCUCGUACACACCCUGACUUGUUUGAAACCGAAGUCCGUAUGUGGGUCUAUGAAGAACAAAUUGACGGUAAAAACCUAACAGACAUAAUCAACGAAAAACACGAAAAUGUCAAAUACUUACCUGGUAUUCACCUGGGUGAUAAUAUCAAGGCUAUUGCAGAUGUAAAAGAAGCAGCCAAAGAGGCUAAUAUUCUUGUGUUUGUCUUACCCCAUCAAUUUGUCUAUGGUGUUUGUGAAUCCCUUCGUGAUGUCAUUCCAAAAGAUAACUGCCGAGCCAUUUCGUUGAUCAAGGGACUUGAUUACCGAGAUAAUAACUUACUUAUCUUUUCGGAAGAGAUCGAAAAGAUCUUGAAUGUCCAUUGUGCUGCUUUAAGUGGUGCCAAUAUUGCACUGGAAGUGGCCCAAGAACAAUUUGGUGAAGCCACUAUUGCUUCUCGGGACUUGCGUGAUCAAGACGUGUUCUUGAAAUUGUUUCAUACCAAUUAUUUUGACGUGACAGUCAUUAGUGAUUGGCGAGGUCUUCAAGUCUGUGGUGCAUUAAAGAAUGUGGUUGCUUUAGGUGCAGGCAUUUGUGAAGGACUUAAGUAUGGUAAUAACACAAGAGCAUCUGUGAUUCGUCGAGGAUUGGUGGAAAUGAGAAAGUUUGGCAAGACCUUUUUUGGCGGUGUUCAUACAGAAACAUUUUUCGAAUCCUGUGGUGUUGCUGACCUAAUCACUUCUUGUUCUGGUGGUCGUAAUAAGAAAGUGGCUGUUGCUUUUGUACAAUCAGACAAGAAUAUUGAAGAUAUUGAAAGAGACAUGUUGAAUGGUCAGAAAUUACAAGGCACAACCACUUCUCAUGAAGUCUUUAAUUUCUUGUCUGCCCGAGACAUGUUGGAUGAAUUUCCUCUUUUGACUACUGUGUAUCGUAUUAUCUAUGAAAAAGCAGAUCCCGAGUCCAUUGCUGCUUGUCUUCGUACUUUUAAAGUCAAAGUGGAUUAAUGCAUGGCUGGCUUUAAAUGACUGUAUUUCCAAGUCGUAUCAUAAUUGAUCCAAUCAUUUCAUUAUUAAAAAAAAUAUUUUUUUAAACGCG